AUGGGUAGUGAGGUGCUGGAUGCUGCGAGCCGCGAUGAUGUGCGCACGUUUCUUUCACUCACCGACGCCAGCCUUCGAUAUUUGACGAAGAAUGUCUGCUUUGUGGGUAAAGCUGCUGACCUCGCCACCCUCGCUGAGCGGCUUGAAUCCUGCCACGAGGAAGAGUUUGGGAUGUCCCCGCUUUUCUGCCCUGACUUGAUCGACGAAACAUGCCAGCGCGGCAUAUUUCCACUAGCCAUACCUAUCGGGGGUGGGCACUACUUAUACGCUCCGAAGCUACACAUACAACGCAGCUUGACUCAGCUUCUGCCACCAGUGAGAGGAUUUCCUAUUAGCAGCAACGAAGGCGAGGGGGAGUUUACAACGGCGCGCCUCGGUGUUUCAAAAAGAUAUCUGCGUGAGCAAAAUAAUGUUACUCGUGCAGCUUCGUUUGAUGUCUUCAUCAACCGUAUGGAAGAUCUGGCGCCAGUACUGGCUCUCAUUCGAGCACAACACGGCGAGAAUUGGCUUUGCCGCGCACUCCGCGUCUGCUUUGUGAAUAUGUUUGCGAAUAGGAGCCGUUAUCGGACCAAAGUUAUCGUUAUAGCUGUUCGUCGCCAUCGCUACGACGCCAGAGGUGAUGCUAAAGUGGAGAACACGACACAUGGGGCGCUCAUUCCAACUGACGGUGCCCCUGUUGAUGAAGGCGACCUUGUCGCCGGUGAGUUGGGUUUUAUUGUUGGUGAUACCUACUGCUCUGCCACUGGGGCGUACAGCGCGAGCGGCGCAGGGACACUGCAGCUGGCGGUCACCGGCGCGGCGAUGCGUUCGGUGGGGUGCAGUGUGUGGGAUUUAGGCAUGAUGAUGGAGUACAAAAACCAUUUUCUGGGGUGUGUGCCACUCCCCCGGAAGGAGUGGAUAAAGUUUGUGCAGGACCACACCAGGGACAAGUCUGUGCCCGAAAAUAUUGCACGAUUGCUAAGUGAGCGGUACAGCAGCGGGGUACCAGUGCGAGAGCUCCUGAGAGCGUGA